AGCAGCUCGAGCCCCAGUGGAGACGCUGCUGACGCUCAGCUCGCUCCACCGACAACACCAAGUCACGUUCUGUUCUUCUCUGGCGGAACCAGAGAGCGAAAGCCCUUUCGGAUUAUAUCUAUCGCGUAUGAUAUGUGGAGCUGAACGACCGGUCGUGACGGAGGAGGCGAGGGGAAAUAUUUAAAAAAGAGCGAAAGGGAGAAAAGAAAAGGUGGUGUCCUCUCAUCAGAAACACACUGAGACCAGCUUGACAGCACAGGACGGAAGGAGAGAGAGAGAGAGAGAGAGAGAGAGAGAGAGAGAGAGAGAGAGAGAGAGAGAGGGAGCGAGAGAGUCGACAUCUGUGAAUCACAUCAAGGCAGCUGUGGUUAGAGUGUACUGCAGUUAUUUUACGAACGAGAGGCAGAGAGGGGGACAGAAGUGGAGAGAAGGAGAGAGAAGGACAAAAGGAGGGGGGGCCUGGGUGAGUUUCCAAGCCCAGGACGGUGAACCCUGAUCGGGGGGUCUUUCAGGCGACAGUGGGGUUAGACCAGGCCCCUGGAGUUCCUUUGGAGAGAUGAGGACCUCUGAGAAGACGGUGUUUAGACACAGGUGAAAAUCAAAUGAAUCGUGACUCUAAUGGAUCCUGUGAUUACAACAUGGAUUGACCUUUUUCUUCUUCUCAUCUGAAGGGAUCUAAACAAUAACUGUUUAGUUGACUCUGUGGAUCUGAAACUGCCCCACUCAUCUGAAGGGAUCUAAACAAUAACUGUUUAGUUGACUCUGUGGAUCUGAAACUGCCCCACUCAUCUGAAGGGAUCUAAACAAUAACUGUUUAGUUGACUCUGUGGAUCUGAAACUGCCCCACUCAUCUGAAGGGAUCUAAACAAUAACUGUUUAGUUGACUCUGUGGAUCUGAAACUGCCCCACUCAUCUGAAGGGAUCUAAACAAUAACUGUUUAGUUGACUCUGUGGAUCUGAAACUGCCCCACUCAUCUGAAGGGAUCUAAACAAUAACUGUUUAGUUGACUCUGUGGAUCUGAAACUGCCCCACUCAUCUGAAGGGAUCUAAACAAUAACUGUUUAGUUGACUCUGUGGAUCUGAAACUGCCCCACUCAUCUGAAGGGAUCUAAACAAUAACUGUUUAGUUGACUCUGUGGAUCUGAAACUGCCCCACUCAUCUGAAGGGAUCUAAACAAUAACUGUUUAGUUGACUCUGUGGAUCUGAAACUGCCCCACUCAUCUGAAGGGAUCUAAACAAUAACUGUUUAGUUGACUCUGUGGAUCUGAAACUGCCCCACUCAUCUGAAGGGAUCUAAACAAUAACUGUUUAGUUGACUCUGUGGAUCUGAAACUGCCCCACUCAUCUGAAGGGAUCUAAACAAUAACUGUUUUGGCCUUGGAUUUCUUUCACAUAUCAUUUUUUUGCUGGAGUUUUGUGUUUUUUUCCAAUAUGUUUUUUUCAUGCAGUAAUUGAGACUGCUCUGUAACCUUGGUAACCAAGCGGUAACCAAGCGUCAACUGAGCGGUAACCAUGGCAGCAGCCUAUCGCGUGGUAGUGAGCAGUGUUAGUUGCUACAGCAGCGUGGUGGUGGACCGUCGGGCUCAGAGUCACGCGGUGCACUACUGCUCCGGGUCAUGUGGGGCGCUGUCCCAGGGACUGGACUGUACUGUUGCCCAUCGCAGCACCUGCUCCGAGCUGCUGACCGCCCCCUCACACACACACGCUCACACACACCCCGACCCCUCACACACAUUCACACACAACCUGACCCGAAACGCUAACUCUCCUCACCAAAUCCCCAACAGCUGUAAAUUUAGUAUCACCAGCUCUAUCGGGAGUUUUGGUGUUCCUAAUGAUCCUAACAGUGUGUAUGGUGUGGUGGGGGAGGACAGUCCUCCAUGGCGAGGUAAGAAGGCCAACACUACCACCACUACUACCAGCUCUGGUCCUGACCGGCCUCUCCAGAGCUCUGGUCCUGACCGGCCUCUCCAGAGCUCUGGUCCUGACCGGCCUCUCCAGAGCUCUGGUCCUGACUGUCCUCUCCAGAGCUCUGGUCCUGACCGGCCUCUCCAGAGCUCUGCCAGUCUGAAGGACAUCACAGGUGAAGCCAUCAACCUGGCCAGUGGCAAACUCAAAGAGUUCUCUUUCGAGAAGCUCCGCCUCUCCACCAGUCACGUGACCUUCAGGAAAGGUCGCAAGGUCAGGCCGGACUCCUACAGCCGUCGGUCCACGGACCUCGACAUCGUCUACGGACACUUCACCGGGAACGUCGGAGGAACCGGGAAUGGGACUAUUACUGGAAAUGGAAACGCCAAUGAUGAGAACCUGCCUCCUUUCAGCGACACCAUCAAAGUGCUCAAAGGCCUAUCGCCUGCAGGCAUCACUGCCGGGGGCGGGUCUCUAUCCACAACCAGCCUAUCCAGUGUCUCCAGGGCUGGGGGAGGGUCUACCAGUAGCCUAUCCAGCGCCUGCUCUGGUUCCUUGGAGGCGGGGCUAAACACAGUGGCGUCUCUCUACCUCAGCUCAUUAGCCGACGAGUCCCUCAUCGCCCGGUUACUGGAGAAGACCCGUGCAGGGGAGGAGGGAGGAGUGGGAGGAGCAGGGGGGGAAGACAUACGGGCCUGUCUGGACAUUCUGGUCAAGUGUUCAGAGGACUUGAAGAAAUGUACUGACAUCAUCAAGCAGUGUAUCAGUCGGAAGAGUCCCGGGGGAGGGGAAGAUGGGGGAGCCAGUCCAGAGAGCAUCUACAGAGCUGUGAUGACCAGACUGAGCUCCUAUCUGAAGAAACUGCCUCUAGAGCUGGAGGGGGCUGGGUUAGGGUUAGGGUCAGGGGCUGGAGGUCAAGGGUCAGGGAUUGGAGGUAAUAGCGAGUUGGCCGAGCUGGUUAGUAGUCUCCAUAUGCUGCAGCAAGCUGCUGUCCCCUUCUCACCCAUAUUUGGGAAUGAUCAACCGCCACGGUAUGAGGAUGUUGUUCAGAACCCUCCCUUACCCAAGAGCAGGGAUAUACUGCCACCCUCGUCACUCGCUCCAGACUCUUCUCUCUCUUUGUCCACUACGCCUGAGACAGCAGGGAGACAUAAGGUUCAGACCAACGGGCUGCAGCACACACACACUCUGUCACACACACACUCUCCCUCACCGCACACACACACGUUGUCUAUUUCUACCCCUCCAACCCAGGCACACACACCUUCAUCGCAAACGCACACUCCGUCAGAGCGAACACACACUCCGUCCAUCUCCCCCAUGGAGGCUCUCUUCAUUGAGGAGGACGCAGACCUGGGAAGGGGGCUGAACAGGGCUUCCAGACACACACACUCACACACACCGACCAGAAGCCUCACACACACUCUCAGUCGGAACGGGACAGCUUUUAGUCCACACACACCCCCCAGCUCUGCGCACACACACCUCAGCCCCAAUCUGUCACACGUACACGUUACACACACACUCCAGUCUGCCGGUGAAGACCUCACCUGCCCCCCAACCUCCGAACACACCCCUCCUGUCACUCAUAGAGACGACGACAUCGACAGGCUUCUGAUGGACUUGGAGUGUCUUUCGCAGAGCAUGGGUCGUGAGAGAGACAGAGUCAGAGAGGGAGAGAGAGAAAGAGAGGCGGAGCCCCCUCUCCCCGUUAAGACCAGACAGAGGGGGACAGGACAGGGGAACACCUCCCCACAAACCCAACCCUCUCUCCAGACACAAACCCAAAUCAACCCCCAGGCUCAAAGGCCUGUUCCUGUUAGCCACCUAACCGCUAACGCCCAGGCCACUAGGUCGACCCCCAGCUCCCCUGCUCCUCUUCUCCAGGCAGAGGGCAGCAUGGUGGGGCUGGGAGAUGAGGAGGACAGGGCCCUGCUGCUGAGGAUCCUGGAGAGCAUUGAGAGCUUUGCCCAGGAGCUGGUGGACUCUGGGGGUAGUCCUGGGAACACUGGGAAGACUGGGGCUCAGAGCAAAGAGAAGGAGGUGAUGAGACUCCUACAGGACACUCUGGCUACUGCAGCCAAGACUGACACUCUGACGCAGGCCAAACUACCUGGAUCUCCACCAGCUGGGCAAGAUGGACCUGUAACCACGCCUGCACCCAGACCUACAUCUGGUGCUGUAUCCACGCCUGCACCCAGACCUACAUCUGGUGCUGUAUCCACGCCUGCACCCAGACCUACAUCUGGUGCUGUAUCCACGCCUGCACCCAGACCUACAUCUGGUGCUGUAUCCACGCCUGCACCCAGACCUACAUCUGGUGCUGUAUCCACGCCUGCACCCAGACCUACAUCUGGUGCUGUAUCCACGCCUGCACCCAGACCUACAUCUGGUGCUGUAUCCACGCCUGCACCCAGACCUACAUCUGGUGCUGUAUCCACGCCUGCACCCAGACCUACAUCUGGUGCUGUAUCCAUGCCUGCACCCAGACUUACAGCUGGAGCUGUUCCUACAGCUCUACCUGUCUCUUCAGCUCCCACACCUGUCCCUGUCCCUGUCCCCACAACCCUAGCAGAGUCUGUCGCUACAGACCAUGCUACACCUUCUGCCCUACCCACACCUUUUCCACCACCUACAGUCGUACCCACACCUUCAGAAGCAGCCGCUAAACGUGAACAUCCACCUGUAGCUGACCUGACAGCGGUACUUACCACCACGGCCACCCCUCCACCGGCUGUAACACCUGUCCCCUCCCCUGUCCCACCCCCUACACCCUCCCCUGUCCCGCCCCCUACACCCUCCCCUGUCCCGCCCCCUACACCCACACCUGGAGAGACACCUGUUGCAACCAUCACUGCUCCUCCUGUUGCCGUGAGACACCCGGUUGCCCCUAGCGAUGUGGUUGCCCUGAGAGACAUCGGCUCGACGCUGCUCAUCCAGCAGACGCCCGAGGUGAUCAGAGUCCAGUCCAACAAGCAAGAUAAGAAAUCUGGCACCCCUCCUCCAGCCCCUCUCUCCCCCACCCCCUACGUUCCUCUCCCCCACCGCUCCCCCUCUCCUCCCCCCACUCCAGUCGUCCUCCCCCCUCCUCCUCCACCUCCCCCACCUCCCCCUGCCCUCAACAUUCCCCGCUUCUACUACCCUCGAGGGUUACCGGGGGCAACAAAAGUUAACCACGAUGCGGCCAUCACUGCCAUAGAAGCAGCCUUCACAGAGUUUGAGGAGGAGAAGGCUGAUAUUUACGAGAUGGGCAAAAUCGCUAAGGCAUGCGGCUGUCCUCUGUACUGGAAGGCAGCCAUGUUCAACGGAGCGGGAGGAGAAAGGACCGGCUUUGUCUCUGUUCACUCCUUCAUUGCUACCUGGAGAAAGUUGUUACAUAGUUGCUAUGACGAUUCGUCUAAGUUUAUCUACCUCCUGGCGAAGCCUGGCUGUUCCUACCUGGACCAGGAGGACUUCAUACCUUUAUUACAGGACAUAGUGGACACCCACCCGGGACUGACGUUCUUGAAGGAUGCCCCAGAAUUCCAUUCCCGUUACAUCACCACCGUGAUUCAGCGGAUAUUCUAUGUGGUCAACCGCUCGUGGACGGGUCGCAUCACCAUGACGGAACUACGCAGGAGCAACUUCCUGCAGACCCUGGCCCUGUUGGAAGAGGAGGAUGAUAUCAACCAGAUAACAGAUUAUUUCUCUUAUGAGCAUUUCUAUGUGAUCUACUGUAAGUUCUGGGAGUUGGACACGGACCACGACCUUUACAUUGACCCUAAGGACCUGGCUCGUUACAACGACCACGCAUCCUCAAGCAGAAUCAUUGAGAGGUUGUUCUCAGGAGCCGUUACACGGGGUAGCUCAGUGCAGAGAGAAGGGAGGAUGAGUUAUGCAGAGUUCAGCUGGUUCCUCAUCUCAGAGGAAGACAAGAAAAGCCCUACAAGUAUAGAGUACUGGUUCAGGUGUAUGGACACAGAUGGGGACGGUGUGUUGUCUAUGUUUGAGUUGGAGUACUUCUAUGAGGAGCAGUGUAGUAGGAUGGAGGGGAUGGGCAUUGAACCCCUACCCUUCACAGACCUGCUCUGUCAGAUGCUAGACCUUGUCAAACCUGAAAGCCAAGGUAAGAUAACCCUGUCUGAUCUGAAGAGGUGUAGGAUGGCUCAUAUAUUCUUCGACACGUUCUUCAACCUGGAGAAAUACCUGGACCACGAGCAGAGAGACCCCUUCGCUUUGCAGAAGGACAUAGACAACGAGUGUCCAGAGCCUUCAGACUGGGAUAAAUACGCUUCAGAGGAGUAUGAGAUCCUGGUGGCAGAGGAGACGGCUAACGAACAGCUGCAUGAGGGGACGUUCGAUGAUGACUAUGAGGAGGCGGAGCUUCCUGUUCAAGGAGAGAUGGUUGGGAAUAAGAUGGAUAAGCUGCUCAUAUCAGAUCUGUCAGCAUGAAAUUCCCAAAGCCUGGAAUACCGCUCCCUUCUCCUUGGAUAUACAGGAGACGGGGAGAGAGGAAGAGGGAUGGACGGGGAGAAAUGAAGAACAAGCUAAAGUGAUGGAGGACUCCAAACUCUCUCAGCUUCUCCUUUCAUACACAGACAGGGACAGAAGAGAUGGUGAGAAGACAGAGAGGAUGGACAGAACGAGAGAGAGGAUGGACAGAACGAGAGAGAGGAUGGACAGAA